AUGGCAAAAAAAAAAGCGAAGAACAAGAAGAAGAUACCUCUAGAUAAAAAAAAACUUGAAGAGCCUAGUACUCCCUCGAAUCUGGAAGAGAAUACUCAAAAAAAAGAGAAUCAGGAAAAUACAGUGGAGGAGAAAGAAGAGAAGGAAGAAAAAGACAUUUUAGAUCUGGAUGACUUUUCUGGGAUGAAGAAAAAGAAAAAGAAGAAAAAGAAGCCAUAUGACAUGGAGGGCCUGGAGGAUGCCCUUCCGGACUCAGCCAGCGAAAACAAAACAGAAGAAACUGGAGGAAAUGAUGGUGAAAAGGAAAACAAUGCAGAAACUAUGGAUGACCUUGAUUUCAAUUUUUCCACAAAAAAGAAGAAGAAGAAGAAGAAGCCGGUUCUGGAUGAAACAGACAUGAAUGAAGUUGAGACCAAAGCAACAGAAAAUGGAGCAGAUUCUGAUGCGGAUGAUGGAGAUAUGUUAGAUGAUAAUGAUGACGUGCCUGCUUGGAAUGAUAGAGACUACACAUAUGAAGAGUUAUUAACAAGGGUUUUUGACAUUAUGCGAGCCAAGAACCCUGAAAUGGUGACAGGAGAAAAGAAGAAGUUUGUGAUGAAACCACCACAAGUAGUCAGGAUAGGAACAAAAAAGACAUCAUUUGCCAACUUCACAGACAUCUGUAAAAUCUUGCACAGACAACCAAAACAUCUCUUAGCAUUUCUCCUUGCAGAGUUAGGAACAAGUGGCUCAAUUGAUGGAAAUAAUCAACUUAUCAUUAAAGGACGCUUCCAACAAAAAAUGAUUGAAAAUGUGCUUAGAAGAUACAUCAAGGAGUAUGUCACGUGUCACACCUGCAGAUCUCCGGAUACCAUUCUGCAGAAAGAAACUAGAUUAUUUUUCAUUCAGUGUGAAACAUGUGGAUCAAGAAGAUCUGUUGCUAGUAUCAAAUCAGGUUUCCAGGCCAUCACCCAGAAGAGAGCUCAGCUGAAGAGUAAACAACAGUAAAAUACUUCUCCAAGCUAGUACAUAUGAAAAAAUUUACAGUUUAACGAGGUGGUCAGUCUGUAAACUAAGACAAGCAGGACGGAUUUCAAGCAGAUAAAGAAUUCUGAGACAGGCAAGAACACUGGAAAAAUAUCGUUUUACACAUGUUAUCUUUCCAAAUUAAUUAAUGGGGUUGAAUAGGAAACAUGUGGAGUAGAAAGGUGAAAAGUACCUGUACAUACAUACAUACAGCAUGCAGAUUUUUUGCUACUUAAACUAAUAUUUUUUCCUUUGUAUUAAGCAUGCACUUGCUUCAGUUGCUUCUGUGUUAAGAAACUGAGAUUAAAGAAGUUCUAAAUCAAGAGAAGAUCAAGCUAAGGGUGAAUCUCCCUCAAGCAUAUGGACCUUAAUCAUGAGGGAAUCCAUGUCCUGGAAACUUGGGAUUAUCUGGCAAAAGCCAGUUACACGUCAUGAAUACUGUAUUUACUUGAAUACCCUUUACAUUUCAAUUAACAAUGCACUCACUGUGAAGAAUGGGGCAAGCAUUUUAGGAUUACAACAGGAAAAGUUUCUAGAAAGGUACAACUCAGCCGUCUACAACAUAUUUAGGUAGUGGAACAUUGUAUAAGUUUCUGUAUUUCAUGAUAGUUACAACUGAUUUACCAUAGUAAAUGUUGCUGACUACAGAAAGAUCAUUUUACAGGAAAAGCCACCAGAAAUGAGCAGGCUGUUAGGAAACCCACCAAAUUUAGUUUAGACUGGCAUUAAAUUGAGUAAAUUCCAUGUAGGUCACUUGAACAACUCGGGUGGCAUCCAUACCUUUAAUGCUACAUUAUCUAAUCCAAGAUACAUGCAGGGUAUGUGGUAACGUUACUCUGGGAGACGAGAGACCUCAAGUCUAGAAAUAACCCAGAAAGGGAUUACUAUGAUAACUUGAUCCUCUCUUGUGAAGACUUGAUAUGUACAAAACUGUCAAUUUGCUGAACAAGACAAGAUAUUUUUGCAGAUGCUCAGGAUAGGAAAUGAUCGUGACCACUCAGCACUUUUCACCUUACACUCGUCAUUAAACUCUGACUAAUGAUGUAUUUUUAUUACAGUACUUUAUAGCUGCAGGUGGUUCUGUUAGUAUUCACAUUAUGACCUCUAAAACUUAGAAAGUAUAUUGAAUAAAGUUGUGAUGGUUAAGUGA